AUGGUACAAGGUAUAACUCUCAGACAUAGAAAACAGUUCCACGCUAAGGUUUUGGGAUGUAAAAACAUUACUUUCGAACAUGUCACUGUACCUGCACCUAAAGAUAGCCCAAACACAGAUGGGAUUGACAUCGGGAGAUCAGAUGGAGUUAAAAUUAUAGACACGGAUAUCAAAACUGGUGAUGAUUGUAUUUCAAUUGGAGAUGGUGCCAAAAAUCUAGACAUCACGGGAGUAACUUGUGGACCUGGACAUGGAAUCAGUAUCGGUAGUCUUGGAAAGUUUGCAAACAAAGAACCUGUUGAAGGAAUUAAAGUGUCGAAGUGUACCUUGACUGAUACUUCGAAUGGUGUUAGAAUCAAGACUUGGGAAAGUGAAUUUCCAGGAACAGCAUCAAAUUUGUAUUUUGAGGAUAUCACCGUGAAGAAUGUUAGUUUUCCCGUCCUGAUUGGCCAGAAAUAUUGCCCAUGGAAUAAAUGCGAAAUGGAUGUAUGUACAUACUUGUAA